UGUUUGUUGUGGCAUCCUCUUCCCCACUAUAAAUAGCACCCAACAAAGACAGAGGAAGACCACACCUUGUGGAGCCUUCCUCAAAGAAGAGAUCUUCAAGUGGACAUGGCUUCUCACAACCCUAAUGAGAUCCAUGACAUUUCGGUGGCCGCCUCGCAAACCUCCUCCACCUCUCCCCUCUCCGGCCAUCUUCUCCCUCCCUUCCUCGCAAGAAAGGUGGUUUCUGAGAUGAUUGCCACUUUCUUACUUGUGUUUGUCACCUGUGGUUCUGCUGCCCUGAGCAAGAGCAACCCAAGCCUGGUCUCCCAGCUCGGAGCCUCGGUCGCCGGCGGACUGAUUGUCACGGUCAUGAUCUAUGCCGUCGGCCACAUCUCCGGCGCUCACAUGAACCCCGCCGUCACCUUGGCCUUCGCCGUCUCCCGGCAUUUCCCAUGGAUACAAGUCCCCUUUUAUAUGGCCGCUCAAAUCUUUGGUGCUUUGAUUGCGUCCUUCGUCCUCCUAGAGGUGUUGCAUCCGAUCACGAAUUUGGGAACGACGGCACCGGCCGGUGCGGCAUCGAAGGCCUUGGUGGUUGAAAUCGUUGUCACGUUUUGUAUGAUGUUUGUGACUUCGGCCGUAGCAACCGAUACAAAAGCUAUAGGAGAGUUGGCCGGUUUAGCUGUUGGUUCUUCAGUAUGCAUAACCUCCAUUUUAGCUGGGCCGAUCUCAGGUGGUUCGAUGAACCCAGCGAGGACGCUCGGACCGGCCGUGGCGAGCAAGAAGUUCGACUCGAUUUGGGUCUAUUUUAUUGGGCCUGUUCUGGGAACCUUAAUGGGCUCAUUAUCCUACAACUUCAUAAGGCUGAAUGAGAAGCCCACUUCGGCCCAAACCGACGGCGGUAGUAGCCACAAGUACAAGCUCCCCUCCUUCAAACUUCGCAGGCUUCAGAGCCCGGAAAUGGCCAGCAAUAAUUCCUACGAUAAUAUCUGAUAAUUAAUCAAUUCGGACGACGAAAUUUUGCUAGAAAUUAAUUUCGUCAUAUAUAAAUAUAUUAAAAAUAUUUUCCAUUAUGUUAAUAUAUUUAGUCCAUGUAAUGCAGGAAGAUAAUGUAAUAUCCAGUACUAAUUUUUCUGCUUGAGUA